GUGGUGCACCUUAUCUGCCCGGAGGAGGGACCGGAGGCCCUGGACUGCUGUGACUCCACGUGCCCUGCCCUCUGGCCAGCGGCUCUGCACAGCCUCGAAGUCAGAUGCCACCCACAGAGCACUACCCGCCCGCCAGCGCCAGAUCCACCACAGCCCAGCUCCGGGCAGCAGCUCUGUGCCGGAACCCUGCCGCCCCACUCACCACCCGCCAACAGAAGCCAGAGGGCUCGGAGGUCCAACUGGCCAGCAGCCCCUGGCCUUGGAGGACAGACAGGUCGGGUGCCUUGCCACCCUCCAGCCCACCGAGCCCGUGCCAGGUUCCCCCAGUUUUCCCCAAGGGACCUGGUUCCCCAGGAUGGAAGUGCCCCCGGAGCAGAGUUGGGGGCCGGUGCUAGUCCGCCGGCAGCCCCCAGCAACCCAGGGCCUGCGCGAGACGCUGAAGGCCAGACUGCGGCGGAGCUGCACAUGCAGCAUGCAGGGGGCCAAGGCGCUGGUGCAGGACCUGCUCCCCGCCACGCGCUGGCUGCGCGGUUACCGCCUGCGGGAGGACCUGGUGGGGGACGUCAUGUCCGGGCUGGUCAUCGGCAUCAUCCUGGUGCCGCAGGCCAUCGCCUACUCGCUGCUGGCAGGGCUGCAGCCCAUCUACAGCCUCUACACGUCCUUCUUCGCGAACCUCAUCUACUUCCUCAUGGGCACCUCACGCCACGUCUCUGUGGGCAUCUUCAGCCUGCUCUGCCUCAUGGUGGGGCAGGUGGUGGACCGCGAGCUCCUGCUGGCUGGCUUCGACCCUGCCCAGGAUGGCCCGGGGCCCAGGCACAACAGCAGCACCUUCAACGCCUCAGCCGCCAUGCUGGCGCUCGGGCUGCAGGACUGCGGGAGGGACUGCUACGCCAUCCGUGUCGCCACCGCCCUUACACUGAUGGCCGGCAUUUACCAGGUCUUCAUGGGUAUCCUCCGGCUCGGCUUCGUGUCUGCCUACCUCUCACAGCCACUGCUCGACGGCUUUGCCAUGGGGGCCUCAGUGACCAUCCUCACCUCCCAGCUAAGGCACCUGCUGGGCGUGCGGGUCCCGCGGCACCAGGGGCCAGGCAUGGUGGUCAGCACAUGGCUGAGCCUGCUACGCAGUGCUGGGCAGGCCAACCUAUGUGACGUGCUCACCAGUGCCGUGUGCCUGGCCGUGCUGCUGGCUGCCAAGGAGCUCUCAGACCGCUGCCGGCACCGCCUGAAGGUGCCACUGCCCACGGAGCUGCUGGUCAUUCUGGCGGCCACGCUCGCAUCCCAUUUAGGGCAGUUCCAUGAGCGCUUUGGCUCUAGUGUGGCCGGCGACAUCCCCACGGGCUUCAUGGCCCCGCGGGUGCCGGACCCCGGGCUGAUGCAGCGCGUGGCGCUGGACGCUGUGCCCCUGGCCUUCGUGGCCUCCGCCUUCUCCAUCUCACUGGCUGAGAUGUUUGCCCGCAGCCAUGGCUACUCUGUGCGGGCCAACCAGGAGCUGCUGGCCGUGGGCUGCUGCAACGUGCUGCCCGCCUUUUUCCACUGUUUUGCCACCAGCGCUGCCCUGGCCAAGAGCCUGGUGAAGACGGCCACCGGCUGCCGCACGCAGCUGUCCAGCGUGGUCAGUGCCGCUGUGGUGCUGCUGGUGCUGCUGGCACUGGCGCCACUGUUCCGGGACCUGCAGCGGAGCGUGCUGGCCUGUGUCAUCGUCGUCAGCCUGCGGGGGGCCCUGCGCAAGGUGAGGGACGUCCCACAGCUGUGGCAGCUCAGCCCAGCCGACGCACUGGUCUGGGUGGCCACUGCGACCACCUGCGUGCUGGUCAGCACCGAGGCUGGCCUGCUGGUUGGCGUGCUCCUCUCACUGCUCAGCCUGGCCGGCCGCACACAACGCCCACGUGCUGUCCUGCUCGCCCGCAUCGGGGACUCAGGAUUCUACGAGGACGCCGAGGAAUUUGAGGGCCUGGUCCCUGAGCCCGGGGUGCGGGUGUUCCGCUUCGCGGGGCCACUCUACUACGCCAACAAGGACUUCUUCCUGAAAUCGCUCUACAGCCUCACGGGGCUGGAUGCAGGGCGCGAGGCCGCCAGGAGAAAGAAGCAGGGCUCAGGAGCAGGGGUCAGUGAGGAAGACCCUGUUGAGGGCAAGGACCUUGGCCCAGGGAGCAGCUCAGCUGUGCUGGUGCCCACGGCGGGCAGCUUCCACGCAGUUGUCAUUGACUGUGCCCCGAUGCUGUUCCUGGAUGCGGCCGGCAUGGCCACGCUGUGGGACCUGCGCCGAGACUACGGGGCCCUGGGCAUCACUCUGCUCCUGGCCUGCUGCAGCCCUGCGGUCAGGGAGGCCCUGAGGAGAGGCGGCUUCCUCGGGGAUGAUCAGGGGGAUACGGCUGAGGAAGCGCAGCUGUUCCACAGCGUGCACAGCGCUGUGCAGGCGGCCCAAGCCCGCCACAGGGAGCGGGCGGCUGCCGACUCCACCCUCUAGUAGGGCCAGUGCCUGCCCCCAGUCUCCACUCCCUCCUGGGAGCCCAAGGCAGACCUUCUCCCCUGUGGCCCACCAGGACCCCACACAGAGCAAUGUUGUGCCGCCUCUGCCCUGGAGGAACCAACACGACCCAACGAGGCAGGAGGAUGGUGCUGUGAACACACGCGAGGACCAGACACACAAAGACCCAGACACACAAGGACCAGCCACACGCGGACCCAAGACCUGGGCCCUCGAGACGAACACCGCCAGUGCCAACCAGGGCUCUGGUGCCAUGCGUCGUGAGACUCGUUGGAUGUGGCAUCGCCAUUUUAUUAGAAUGAGGACCCCAAAGCAAUCAUGUGGCUCUAAGGUGCCAAAGCCUGACAGCUGGGGGCUCUGGCCAGGGCGUGAGGGUCUCUGUGCCUCUGAAAGCACCCCCAGCACACACACCCAAGUGUUCCUUACCCCUCAUGCCUCACCCUGCGGGGCCUUGCAGGGCCAAAGGCAGGUGUGAGUGACAGAGCCUCACCUCAGCCCUCGGGCACAGCGUCCCUGCACAGCCCCACCCGAGAACACUCAGCACGGGUCACCUGGGUGCCCACUCCUGGUGCCUGGUCCAGCCACAAAGCCAGGGCAGCGGAACGCCCACAUGACCCCAAGCCUCCCGGCAGACCUUGGGCAGGAGGGCAGCUGUGCCCGACCCAGGGGCUGCCCAGGCACCCACGGCCCCGCAGAGCCAAGGAGGACCAUCCUCCUCGUCUCCCCACAGGAUGCCUUGCCAGGAAGUGUAGAAGCAACAGGUCCUCAGAGCAGGAGCCCCUCCCCUGCUGCCCCUACAGCCGGGCACCGUCUCCUCGCAGCCUCAGUCCUCAUCUCCAUGCUGUGGGCUCUGCCCAGCUGCCCACCCUCUCCAACACCCACC